AAUAAGUGAGGUCAUGAAUUGACACGGUCAAUAUCCCCGAAUACAAAAAUGUUCUUCAACCAAACCAGGAAGAAAAAGAAUCAGUCUAUCUGAAGACAGUCACAGUGUGAUGUUUGGUUGUGACUACUAAUCUUUGACUCAGGAAUAUCAGAAGUUUACCUUAGAUCAGUAUAAAUAGUGGAAUUUCUCAUUAUCUGAUCCGAAUACCACUCUAGUCAUGCCUAGAAAUGUACAUGUUAGGGAUACAAGUGUCGACGAUGUUGUGGUGUUCAGAAAGCUGAAAGGAAGACAUAGACAUGAUACACCUCUGGCUGGCGACCGUUUAAACCGGCUUAGUGAGGAGAGUCUCACACGGCCGCCGGAGGAGGUUUUUGAUAUCUUGGGCAAGCUCGGCGAGGGUUCGUAUGGCAGCGUAUUCAAGGCCCUCCACAAGGAGUCCGGUCAGGUGCUGGCGAUCAAGCAGGUACCUGUCGACACGGACCUCCAGGAAAUCAUCAAGGAGAUCUCCAUUAUGCAACAAUGUGACAGUCCGUACAUCGUCAAAUACUACGGCAGUUAUUUCAAAAAUACAGACUUAUGGAUUGUGAUGGAAUACUGUGGUGCUGGAUCUGUAUCAGAUAUCAUGAGGUUGCGCAAUAAAACGCUAACAGAGGAAGAAAUAGCCACGAUACUUUCAUACACGUUAAAAGGUUUAGAAUAUCUCCAUCAGAGACGAAAAAUACAUCGAGACAUUAAAGCAGGGAAUAUAUUAUUAAACACAGAAGGCCAUGCCAAACUUGCUGACUUUGGGGUGGCAGGGCAACUAACGGACACAAUGGCGAAGCGUAACACGGUGAUUGGCACCCCCUAUUGGAUGGCGCCAGAAGUGAUACAGGAGAUUGGGUACGAUUGCGUGGCGGAUAUAUGGAGUUUAGGAAUUACUGCUUUAGAAAUGGCCGAGGGCAAGCCGCCGUACGGUGAUAUACAUCCUAUGCGGGCAAUAUUUAUGAUUCCAACCAAGCCUCCGCCAUCAUUUCGAAAUCCCGACAAGUGGUCACCGGAAUUUAUAGACUUUGUGUCAGGAUGUCUCGUAAAAAAUCCAGAGGAGCGAUCGCUGGCGUCAGAUUUAUUACAGCACGAGUUUAUAAAAAAUGCCAAAGCGACGACGGUGUUACACAAAAUGAUCAUCGAGGCCAAGGAGAUCCAAGAAGCAAGCAACCAAACUAACGACAACGACGAUGAUGACUCAGAAGAAAUGCCUUCGAUGCCAGAACAUUUAGAGGAUGAGGCUGAUGACGUUGACGGAGGUACAAUGGUGCAAGUGCGAGAUGAGGGGACGUUAGUGCCUGGUAGCCAACCUGCUGUGGAUGCUUCGACGUUAAUUUCGGGUGACAGCGGGACGAUGAUGGUAAAUAGCGAGGCAAACACGAUGAUCGACUUGGAGUCGGAGCUCGGGACGAUGGUUAUCAAUGAGACGGACACGGAUGAAGAGAUGGAGAAUGAUGAGGAUGAAUCUACAAUGAAACGACACGACACAAGUGAAGUGAACAAAAGUAAAUACCGUCCAGCAUUUCUCGAACAUUUCGAAAAGAAGGAGGAUCCCAGAGCUUCGUCUUCCAGUAACAACUCGAAACAAUCAAAUGCAUCGCCGGCCGCAUUUGCACCACAAAAACAUACGCCAUUUCAACGAUCUUUCAUUGAUGGUGACUUCGACUAUAUCUCAAACUUGACCUAUGAGGAGUUACAAGCGAGAAUGGCCGCCCUUGAUCCAGAAAUGGAGCGAGAAAUCGAAGAACUACGACAACGCUAUCAGGCAAAGCGACAACCAAUCCUGGAUGCAAUCGACACAAAAAAGAAACGUCAGCAGAACUUUUGAUUUUUCCAUACAUGAUUUUAUUCGCAGAUUUCUAUUGGACGUUACGACUGAUACAUAUUUUCCCUCUUAUAAGAUUUAACCUGAACCCCUUGAGUACAUAUUGAUAUAGACUUGUGGUUGCGUAGUGCUAAUUUAUAAAGCUGGAACGAGGUUGUAUGCAAACAGGUGUCAUCCCAUGCUCUUGUCAAGAAUGCGUACCUAACGUUUCUGGUCUUCAUUUCUUCCAAAUGUUUCCUUCGUCAAAUACAUGUACUAUGGUUUUGUUCAGGUUCUUGAGAAAUGGGAAUCCUUGAAAAUUCGGCUGUUUACAGUUACGGUGUAUCCUGUGUGAAGACCAUGGAUCAAAGUAAAAAGCUGCGCUGUAUGUUAGAAAGGUUUUAUGAAAUGUUUAUUUGUGAGAAGACAUUGUAGCUUUUCUUGUUGAGCCUGAACUUCAGGUGAAUUUCACUUGGCACCUCCUCCAAACACAUGCAAGAGGGAGGGGCAUGCAGUUGACCCCGAUUUGCGAGGAUGUUUCUUGUUAGGUUUAUACAAUACAUUGUAUUAAGUUGUCUAGAUUUUGUAUCAUUAAAUUUUUGUGUGUUACUGUUCUUGUAAAGAUUUGUCCUUAUCUGCUACGCCCCAUGAUAUCAAUUUUGGCAGGGAUGAUUGUUUGUAUGGGGUGUCCAUAAAGUAAUAGGGAGUUUAAGAUCAGAGACUUGUCGUGGAUCCUCGUACGUAUAUGGAUAGAUAUGUACACACAAUUUGUCCUAAAGUUUAUCCUUAUACGUAUAAGGCUCCUUGAUAAGUCACUGUUCUCAACCGCCUGUUUACACAUCUAACCUCAAUUACAGCACUUGAUAUAAUGUCUCUUGUGCUGCGAGUUUAGGGUAAAUGUUCUCAACAGGUUUGUGGCAUUAGUGUGCUAUGGUCUCAGUAAUAAAUCAUGUCGUCUCAAUGCCAAAGAGGAUCACAAAUUAAUUAUUGAUAUUAAUAUCGGCCUCGCAAUUUUUCGGAAUACUCUCUGAACAUUUUUAUAUGCCUUUUUAAUUCCGAUAGCCAAUUGGGAUGCUUUCUUGAUGAAAUGGGGGUCUGACGUCGGGGAAGGUACAAGGCCUGAAACACCUUCAUCACAGUGACACCUCCUGUAACGGUGUGUAAUGAAAAUAUCUGAUGCCACCUAUUAACCUCAUUCCAAAUUUCCUGGUUCGAAUUUCUGCAUCUUGUUAAACCUACUUGUAGUUGAAAUCUUGUUUAAAGGAGACGAAGUCGUUGACAAAUGUAUAAACUGUGCACAGUUUGUCUUUAUCCAAUUAUAGUUAUGUCCUUCCUGUUUAGUAGCCUAUGUUACCAUGGCAACUGUAUUUAAUUUAUGCAUUUAAACAGGUUUUGGGCUGUUCUAUCCACUGUUCUCCCGAUUUUAAUACAUGUAUGUCAAACAAAUUUAGUUUUUUUUGUGAAGCAUUUUCAUCUUCUCUUAAAUAUUGCAUUGUGCUGAUGUCAUUGAGCUAAAAGCUUCUCUUAGUUGGCUUCAAGUCGUCUCAUUUCAUGAACGUUGGCUGCAGACAUUUGAAAGAACAGCCAUGAAAUAUUAGGUUGUGUACAGUAAACAAUAUUGUGUAAGGGAAAAUUUGUGUACAGAAUUAUAAAUAAAUUGUACAUAGAAGUUCAC